GAGCAGUCACUCCCAUCCCAGCAGUAGUCGGUCUGGGCAGAGGGGGACGGAGACAGCCAUUCAUUCUUCUGUGGUCCCGGAGAAAACGUGGAGGAUGAAGAAGAGACACUGAAGAGGGGAACAAAAAAUCAAGUCAGGAUCGCGUCCGGACAGCUUAACCUAAACUGCUCAAAUCUCAGAGAAGACACAAGAAGAUCCUUCCAACUUGCUGGAUUUCAGAGGCGUCGCUUCAAAACCGCACAGCCAGCAGUUACACGUUGUGUAUAGCGGGAAAUCUUACACCAUCUGGAUUUAACUGAAGAAAUUUGUCUCUGCAUUCGCCACAAGAUUCCACACGAGGUGUGUCUGAUGUGACGCCAGCGGGCUGGCUCAGGGAACACAACUUCAAUACAAUGUAGACACCAAACACGAGACAGAAUAAGAGUCAGAACACCAAGCCAACAGAAGGAGGGUGAGUCCAAGGAGGAGGAACAACAGCUGUGCUGAAGCGACACCAGCAGAAGAUAAGAAGUAAAAGAGGCAGAGAGAAAAGAAGGAAACAGCAGACUGUGAAUCAUUGACUUGAACCUUUUGUGUACAACGGUGUCACCUACUCAUUCCAGUGACGUGUUCACUCACUCUCACACCUCCGCUGAAGAAGGAUCACAACCUUGGCUCUCUGUCAUUUGAGGGCAUCCGACCCACAAUCCACCUUUUCACCUCUUGGCGAAUCUGAACAGAGGGAGACUCCAGCCGCCGUCAGCAUGUGCCAUGUCAUUGUCACCUGCCGCUCCAUGCUGUGGACUCUGCUGAGUAUUGUGGCCGCGUUCGGAGAGCUCAUCGCCUUCAUGAGCACUGACUGGCUCGUGGGAUUCCCCCGCACCCCAGAUGCUGUCUUCGGCCCCCAUGGGGCCACCACAGCCGGAGAGGCCUACAGGCCCACUUUAGGCAUCUACGGCCGCUGUAUAAAACUGCCCCACCUGCAGCGUGGGAUACUGUGCGGACCGUACGCGGUACACUUUGGGGAGAUUGCCAGCGGGUUCUGGCAGGCUACUUCAAUCUUCCUGGCGGCAGGGAUCCUGCUGCUGUGUGCCGUGGCGUUCAUCUCGGUCUUCACCAUGUGCUUCCAAAGCAUCAUGAAGAAGAGCAUCUUCAAUGUGUGUGGACUGCUGCAAGGGAUCGCAGGUUUGUUUCUGAUCCUGGGUCUGAUGUUGUACCCUGCUGGCUGGGGUUCAGACAAGGUCCAGCUGUACUGCGGUCCCGACGCGGCUCCGUACCGGGCUGGGCUCUGCUCCAUGGGCUGGGCCUUCUACACCGCCAUGGGCGGCACCGUGCUCACCUUCAUCUGCGCCGUCUUCUCCGCGCAGGCCGAGAUCGCCACCUCCAGCGACAAGGUCCAGGAGGAGAUCGAGGAGGGCAAGAGCCUGAUCUGCCUCCUCUGAGGGCUCAGAUACUUUAGUCCUGUGGGGAAAAGAGAAGAAGAAGAAGAAGAGGAGGAAGAGAGACAGGCCAAUAACAAUCAACACCUGCUCCUCUGCCUUCUCUCUUGAGGCUGGCUUGUGAAAUGGAGGCCCCUGCAUUGUUUACCACUAAAACUGACUCUUAUUUUGUCUCUGUUUUGUGUUUAUGUGGAAGAAAUCUACAAGUGCCAAGUUUUUUUCUCAGUGUGUGUCUUUGUCUUUCUGCCACUAGAGGUGCUGUGUCUGUUAUUGUAUUCACGUGUAAGCAUGUGGACAGCCAGACAGCCUCUGUCUGUCACCACAUGCUCUGUAAAUAAGUGUGAUUAUAUAUAUUUUGUACAUAGUUAUGAUCGCAGAAUGAUGGUCAGCUUGAUCCAGGCUGGGCUGAUGAAGUCACUCUUGCCUUAAAAAAAUAAAAAACACUGGUGUUUUUGUCGCCAGACCACGACCAGUAAACCUGGAUCUUCUAACUGUUUGCCAUGUGUGAGCAUUAACUCAACAAGGGAACCACUACACAGUCAGAAUAAACUACUCACAGAAUAAAUGGCCUUCAGCUCAGAGUGGAUGUCCUUUAAAGCUUACAGAAUGUACUGUCAUAUGAAUGAUUAAUGUGUUUGCAGACCCUUGAAAUGUAUCAAUGAAACACAGACUGCAUGAGGAUGAGCAGAGGAAGCUCUGUGGUGCAUUUUGUUUGUCCUUUAUUUUUUUUAAAAGAAAGCUGAAAUGAAGUGAGCUUAAUCCUAGCCUAAGCUGAGAGACAACCUGUGAAGGGUCUCUGCUGCCCCCCCCCCAAACAUCCUGUAAUCUGUGCACAAAGACCUGGACUGAAAGAUGAGGACACAUAAUGAAGUAUUGCUGUUUAGUAAUGUCUGGUUUCAGGGAGUCUGUUGAGUCAUAGAUAGUGUCCUAUCUGUUCUCAUGUGUUUUCUUGCCAAAUGAAUAAAGAGAAGGGAAAAAAAUAAC